ACCGUCCCCUCCAAGGGACGUAACUCAUCGAGUCAGUAGGACGUUCGCCAUUCCAAAUACAACAACAAUAUUUCAGUAAGCACCCAGUUGUAACGAUGUCGCAUGCAGCAGCCAGAGUCCUGUCACUUGUGUCCAGAUCGGUGGCACGAUCUUGCAUCAGGACACUGAAGUCGUCCCCAUCUUCACAGGCCUGGAAAGUGGGCAAGGUGAACCACAUCGCCAUAGCUGUCCCAGAUCUGGAGAAAGCCACCAGCCUGUACCGAGAUGUGCUGGGAGCAAGAGUCAGUGACAAGCAGCCACAGCCCGAUCAUGGAGUCUACACCGUAUUUGUGGAACUUGGGGAUACAAAGAUAGAGUUGCUGAACCCACUGGGAGACAAGAGCCCGAUACAGAACUUCCUGGACAAGAACAAGAGUGGAGGGAUGCACCAUAUCUGUAUUGAGGUUGACAAUAUUAAGGAAGCAAUGAAAGACUUGAAGUCAAGAAAUAUUCGCUGUUUGACAGAAGAUGCUAAGAUUGGAGCUCACGGAAAGCCUGUGGUCUUCCUACACCCAAAAGACUGUAAUGGAGUUCUUGUGGAACUGGAAGAAGCAUAGGCUGGAUGGAGAGGGCAGUUGGUGGGAGGGACCGAGAGGAGUUGGUGGUGGGUGGGCAGAGAUCAGAGAUGAGUUGGCUUGAUGUGAUGGAGGGGUAAGGAGGAGUAGGGAACUGGGUUUGAUUGGCGGAGCUAAGAGGAGUAGGGAGUUGGUCUUGUUUGGAGCAGAUAAGAGGAAAGUUGGGUUUGGUGGGCGGGGCCAAGAUGAGAGGGGAGUCAGAUUUGUUGGUGUGGCUGAGAUUAGAAGGGAGUUGGUUUUGGAGGGUGGGGUGGGGCUAAGAUGAGUGGGGAGUUUGUCUUGAUGGGAGGGGAUAAGAGUGGUGUGGUCUUGUCGGGAGGGGAUAAGAGGAGAGAAUAGUUGCGUUGGUGGUUGGGGUAGAGCUGCGGUGUCAUCAGUAUUUAUAGGUUGUAUGCCAAUAAUGAGAUUAAAGUGUGAUAAGUGUAUGUAUGAAAAUGUCCUACAGUUGAAAAUAUAUAUAUGUACAUGUGUUCA